AUGAAGAUAGAUCUGAGCAAGGCUUAUGACACAGUUGACUGGCAUUUUGUGGAGGAGUUGCUUAAGCAUCUUUGCUUCCCCUCAAGAUUUAUAGACUGGAUUCUAGCUUGCUUGAAAGGUACCAGCUAUAAUCUUCUAAUGAAUGGUAGAAUUCAGGGCUCUUUUAAAGGGGAAAAAGGCCUUCGGCAAGGGGACCCAAUGUCUCCUCUCUUGUUUGUGCUAAUAAUGGAGUACCUUACCAGAUUAUUGGCUCAUUACUCUGGCAAAAAAGGUAAUGUCAGUUCAGUGAGUAAGAUUCAAGAAGCUUUCAAUUCGUUUUGUGGUUCUACAGGGCUCUCUGUGAACAAAUCUAAAUCUCAAAUAUUCUUUGGAGGGGUUAAGGAAACCAUUAAAGUUCAGAUUCUUGAUAUGGUGCAAAUGGAAGAAGGCUCCUUUUCCAUUGAAAUACUUGGGGCGACCAUUGAUAAAAGCUGUCGGUACUUUCUUUGGGGCUCUAGUGGGAAUAGAAGCAAGCUUCAUCUCCCUUCUUGGGAAAAGGUUUGUCUCCCUAAAAAGCUGGGUGGUAUUGGUUUUCGUGAAGGCAAGAAAUGGAACAUGGCAUUGAUGGAGAAUUUUAUAUGGGCGACAACAACCAAACUAGACUGCCUUUGGGUUAAAUGGAUUAGUUCCAUUUAUCUGAAAGAGCAUUUAAUUUGGAAUGUUCCAAUUAAUCAGGAAAUGAGCUGGUAUUUUAAGAAAUUGUUGAGGUUGAGACAAGUUAUUGAUGAGGGUUCCUUGAGGCAAGCUGUUAAGGGAGGUAAAUUUCGAAUUAAACACUUUUAUACCACUCUUAUUUAUGCUCAAACAGUAGGUUUUGCUGAUACUGUGUGGAACAAACUUAUAGUGCCCAAACAUAGAUUUAUAUACUGGCAGAUUUUCAACAAUCAGUUGCUUACUAGAUAUCAUUUGAGCCGUUUCUUGCCUCUCACCUCUGCUCUUUGCCCUGUUUGUGAUUCUGAAAUAGAAUCUCACAGCCAUCUGUUCAUGGAGUGCAUUUUUUCCAGGAAAGUUUUUGAGGAAAUUAGUAGUUGGCUGGGAUAUUUUCAAUGGCCAAAAUCGUUUGAGGAGCUUCAUCUUUGGUGCUUCGACGUUGUGCGAGAUCUGAAGAACCAGAUUGUUAAUGCUGUGUUAUCUGCUUCUUGGUAUUUUAUUUGGAGCAACAGGAACAGCUGCAUUUUUGACUCUGUUUGUAAUUUGGCCAGUAGCUUAAGUUUGGAAAUCAAGGAAUCAGUUAAGUAUAGAGUCUUGGGCAUGGGUUCUCUUUCUCAUAGAAAAAGGGACAAUUAUUUUCUUGAUGUUGUAGAGGGCUGGUAG